GCCUGUGUUUGUGUGUGUUCAGAGCUAAGACAUGGCUACUCCAGCUCAUCUCUCACUCCUCUUCUCCAAACCUUCACCUCCACAUCGAGUCCUUGCCUUCCCUAAAACCGGCUCCAAUCCCCACAAAAAAGCACGGUUCAAAUGCCUGGCUAGCCAGAGCGGGUUCUUCACACGACUUGGCAGGUUGAUAAAAGAGAAGGCCAAAAGCGACGUGGAGAAAAUCUUCUCAGGAUUCUCUAAAACCAGAGACAACCUAGCCGUUAUUGACGAACUCCUCCUCUAUUGGAACCUCGCCGAGACCGACCGAGUCCUCGACGAACUCGAGGAGGUACUAUUAGUAUCUGAUUUUGGGCCAAGAAUCACUAUUAAGAUUGUGGAGAGCUUGAGGGAGGAUAUACUAGCUGGGAAGCUCAAAUCAGGCAGCGAAAUUAAGGAUACUUUGAAGAGGAUUGUACUUGAUUUGUUAAUUAAGAAAGGAAAUAAGGUUGAUCUUCAGCUUGGAUUCAGGAAGCCGGCUGUUGUUAUGAUAGUUGGCGUCAAUGGAGGUGGGAAGACAACGUCUCUUGGAAAGCUGGCAUAUAGAUUGAAGAAUGAGGGGGCAAAGAUAUUAAUGGCAGCAGGUGAUACAUUUAGGGCAGCUGCCAGUGAUCAGCUGGAGAUAUGGGCUGAAAGAACCGGAUGUGAUAUUGUUGUGGCUGAAAAGGAGAAGGCCAAAGCAUCAUCAGUUCUUUCACAGGCUGUGAAAAGAGGGAAAGAACAAGGCUUUGAUGUUGUUUUGUGUGACACAUCAGGACGUCUUCACACUAACUACAGCCUGAUGGAGGAGUUGAUAGCAUGUAAGAAAGCUGUUGGCAAAGUUGUUCCUGGUGCACCUAAUGAGAUCCUUCUAGUGCUAGAUGGGAACACUGGUUUGAAUAUGCUUCCACAAGCAAGAGAGUUUAAUGAAGUGGUUGGAAUAACUGGUUUGAUUUUGACUAAACUUGAUGGUUCUGCUAGAGGUGGCUGUGUGGUCAGUGUUGUAGAUGAGCUUGGCAUCCCUGUAAAGUUUGUAGGUGUUGGAGAAGGUGUUGAAGAUCUGCAACCCUUUGACGCUGAGGCCUUUGUUAAUGCUGUAUUUUCAUGAGGUCUUAAAUGUGGCAAUAUACAUGACAAUGAAUCAGGUGACAAUUGAUCCGGUGAUCAUUCCUAAAGUGGACCUUCUUUUGCCUUCUGUUUUGUGGAGCAAUUAGUCUUGCUAGCUGCUGAAAGUUCUCGGCUAAACGAUCAGACAUGACAAUGAGAUGUGGAAGCUUAAAGACAUUUUCACGAGGCAGACAACUGAGGUUGCGGAUCCCUUAAUUGGUUUCGGUUGCAUGUAUGAUGCUGUUGUUUAGAUCCCAUAUGCUAUUCUUCCAUUUUCACCAGACAGAUUAGACCGUUAAACUUGAAAACAAAUGUUCCUUAUUCACUUGAUUGAAGGCUUUUCAGAUGUGAUCUCAGUUAAAAUGAUAUUCUUGAAAUUUAAGCUUAUGGCAUGUUUUAUGAAAAUGCUAAAUCAACUAA